AGAAAAAAAUAACACAAACAAAGAAACAAAAGGAAAACAAAAAUAUCCAAGAACGUAAUUAGACGACGACACAGUCCAUUUUGUUCAUUUGGUAAUUAAAUUUCAACAAUGUCGGAGAUCAAGUCCAUGGAACAUGCCACCUUGAAGGUUCCCUACGAGGUUAUCAACAAAAAAUUUCGAGUCGCCCAGAAAUCUGUCGACAGGGAAGUGGAUCAAAUUCAAAAUUAUUCAAAGGAAGUUGAAAAGGCUUUGAUGCAUCGUCCCGUAAUUUCCGACGUCAGCAAGCUGGUGGGCAAUGUCGUACAACGUUUACAGGUCCUUAAAAGGAAAUCAGACGAGGCCAUUGGCGAUGAAUUGAAUGCUAGUUUUAUUUGCAAACGAAAAUUGGAACAUUUAAAGGAAAUAGUUCAACGUGAUAGCAACACCAGUGAAGAGGUGUGGCAGGCAUCAAUUGACCAAUGGAAACGCGUACGUAUGGAUCGUAUGGUUAUAGAGCAUUUAUUGCGUAUGGGUUAUUAUGAAACUGCUGAGCGACUGGCUAAUUAUUCGGACAUUCGUCAUCUCACAAAUCUAGACAUUUUCCAUACCUCAAGGGAGGUGGAGGAGGACUUGGCUGCUCAUAAAACCACUAAAUGCAUUCUAUGGUGCUUGGAUAACAAGUCAAAGUUGAGAAAAAUCAAUUCUAAUAUUGAAUUCGAUUUGCGUGUACAAGAAUUUGUUGAGCUAAUACGUAAAAAUCAGAGAACAGAAGCUGUCGUACAUGCUCGUAAAUACUUUCCAGCAUUUGAGAAGACACAAAUCAAGGAAAUUUGUGAAUGCAUGGCUUUGUUGGCCUACCAACCAGACACCACAAUUGAACCCUAUCGCAGCCUCUUCGACAUUAACCGCUGGAACAAUCUUGUUCUCAAGUUUCGUAAUGAGAACUAUCGACUAUUUCAACUUUCAGCCCAAUCCUUGCUCAGUAUUGCCGUACAGGCUGGCCUGUCAUCACUGAAAACUCCUCACUGUUAUUCAUUUAAUUGUAAAAAUCUGAAUUGCCCUGUUUGUCAAGAAGAUUUUAAUCGCAUUGCCAAGACCUUGCCCUAUUCGCAUUGUGUACAGAGUCGUUUAAUUUGUCGCAUCACUGGCCUCCCAUUGAACGAACACAAUUUGCCCAUGAUGCUGCCAAAUGGACAGAUAUUUGGACAAUUAGCAAUACCCGAAAUUACCAAAGAAAAUGGAACAGUAUUGUGCCCCAUAACGAAUACGAAAUUUACUAAUCCCAAAAUUGAAAAGGUUUUCGUCAUGUAAAAGAAGUAGGAGAAAAUAUGUUUUUAUAUCUUAAUUGAUCAAUUGCCAUCAAUUUUUCGAAUUAUAUUAUAUGCUAACUAACACACACACCCAAUUCUUAGUAUGUAAUGAAACUAAACUAUAUCGUCAUGAAUUAUCUUAUUUUAGAAAUUAAAUUUUAUUUUGAAAUAAAGAGAAAGAAUAAAAAAUGA